AACCUGAAUUGCCCAGUAUGCCCAUAAUCUGCCCGCUGUCCACGUGAAAGGAGACAUCAUUGAGGAUCUGACGAGUCCAUCGCUUCCUGUAGUGGAUCUUCCUGACACUGAGACAACAGGAGGGCUCUGAUCGCUCCUCUUCAGCGUCCCCACAUUCAUCCCUCUUUCCCUCCGACACAAACUUGAAGGACUCCCUGACUUUGCUCCCGUUCUCUGGCUCCACCGCCUGCAUUGAAUAAACUUUGUUCAUGUCUCCGGCCAGUCUGCUACUCCAAACAACAACCGUAUGUCAAGUCCGUCUCAGAUCAGUUUGUUCAUAUCCACGCGCUCGUAAACAGGAAGUGAAGCUCUAAAUUUGAGUUGUCUUAGAGACCCAGACUUUGUUUCUCUGCACCCAUUGCCUGUUCAGAGCAGCAGUGCGAUAGCAGUGGUGUCUCUCAGGAACCAUAAACACACAGUGAACGCUGUGUUAUCUCAGAGAACUUUGAUCUGGAGCUCUAUAAAGUAGGGAUAACUGUCUGACUGUCUCAGUCCUCAAGUUGAGCGCUGGGACCAGAGAAGAUACGAGUAACAGGAGCAGAUGAAGAACUGACGUGACAUGAAUUUGAACGCUUUGAGGCAGAAGGCGUUGAGACAAGAGGAGAUCUUCAGCUGGACUGGAGUCAAAGAUCUAACAGAGAGAAGAAACGGUGAACAGGGGAACAACGGGCGAACAACGAGUAACAAAGGCAGAUACCCAUAGAGGGAAAAAGAGAGGAACAGAACAGAAGAAGAAAAACGGGGGCGUCGACCUCUUGACCCUACAAACAUCAACCAAUAACUUGCCUCGUCAUGGACACAGAUACUGGCCUUAAUCAUACAAACAGCUCCUCACAGCGUCGAGACAACGAGUUGUUCUCGUCUGAAGAAGACAGCAGUCUCUACUUCACCUACAGUGGAGGGUGCAAUGAGCUGGAAGUCAACAACCUGCAUUAUGAGGUGGACACAGCGGCUCAGAUCCCGUGGUAUGAGAGGUUAUCAGAGUUCAAGUUACCGUGGGAGAUAAAAGGGAACAAGCAGACAGCCAUCAACAAGCUCAGCCUCCGAGUCCGCAGCGGACAAAUGCUGGCAGUCAUUGGCAGCUCAGGUUGCGGUAAAACAUCUUUGCUCGACAUAAUAACAUGUCGCGAUGAGGCCGGUGCGAUGACAUCCGGUCAGGUUCUGAUUAACGGGAAGCCCAACACGCCGCAGCUAGUGAAGAAGAGCAUCGCUCAUGUCCGCCAAGACGACCGCCUUCUUCCUCACCUCACUGUCCGUGAAACUCUGGCCUUUGUUGCCAAACUGAGGCUCCCCACCCACUUCACACAGGCCCAGAGGGACCAGAGGGUGGAUGAUGUCAUCGCAGAGCUGCGGCUGCGACAGUGUGCUCACACCAGGGUGGGAAACGACUACGUGAGGGGCGUUUCUGGAGGGGAGAGGAGGAGAGUCAGUAUCGCUGUCCAACUUCUGUGGAACCCCGGUAUUUUGAUCCUGGACGAGCCCACGUCAGGUUUGGACAGCUUCACAGCCCACAACCUGGUGAUCACACUGUCCCGCCUGGCUCGGGGAAACCGUCUAGUCCUGCUGUCGGUCCACCAGCCUCGGUCUGACAUCUUCCAGCUAUUCGACCUCGUCGUCCUGCUGUCGUCGGGUUCGGCCGUUUACUGCGGCGCCGCUCGUGACAUGGUGCCUUACUUCACUACCCUCGGAUACCCCUGCCCACGAUACUGCAACCCCUCUGACUUCUAUGUUGAUCUGAUCAGUAUAGACCGGCGCAGUCCAGAGCGAGAGGCCGAGUGUUUGGAGCGUUCCACAGUUCUGGCUGAGAGGUUCAUGGAAAAGGUCCGAGACACAAACACUCACAUGUGGAAACCAGCUGGGACCAACACAGAACCAACACAAACUGAGAGCCCUCAGCAGAUGAGCAAAGUUAAAGGAGAGGAAGUAAUCACUAUUUCCAAGCAGAGUAACGGACUACCCGGCCGACUUCACCAAUUUACGAUCCUCAUCAGGCGUCACAUGUACAAUGACUACAGAGACCUGGUCACCUUAUUCGUCCACGGCUUCGAGGCCCUCCUCAUGGCACUGCUGAUCGGUUGUCUCUACUACGGGGCAGGAGAAGAGCGUCUGUCCAUUCAGGACACAGUCGCCCUCCUCUACAUGAUCGGAGCUCUCACCCCGUUCGCUGUGGUGCUGGACGUCAUAGCUAAAUGUCACACAGAGAGAGCCAUGCUCUACCACGAGCUGGAGGACGGCAUGUACUCCGUCACCUCCUACUUCUUUGCCAAGAUCCUGGGGGAGCUACCAGAGCACUGCGUGUUCACCCUGGUGUACGGCCUGCCCAUCUAUUGGCUGGCCGGUCUUAACGAGGCUCCGGACCGUUUCCUGCUCAACUUCCUGCUGGUGUGGUUGAUGGUUUACUGCAGCCGAGCCAUGGCUCUGUUUGUAGCUGCCGCGCUGCCCACCCUGCAGACCUCAGCCUUCAUGGGCAACUCCCUUUUCACCGUCUUCUAUUUGACCGGAGGCUUUGUCAUCAGCCUGGAGAAUAUGUGGCUUGUGGCCUCGUGGCUCUCUCACGCCUCCUUCAUGCGUUGGGGUUUUGAGGGCAUGCUGCAGGUGCAGUUCAGUGGCAACAUGUACCCCGUCACCAUCAGAAACUUCACCAUCCAUGUUGACGGCAUACACGUGGUGGAGGCCAUGAACAUGAACCAGUAUCCUCUGUACUCGUGCUAUCUAGUCCUGCUGGCAGUCUGUCUGGGCUUCAUGGCGCUCUAUUACGUGUGCUUAAAAUACAUCAAGCAGAAGUCCAGUCAGGACUGGUGAACACAUCUGGGCCAGUUUCAACACUCAGACCAAACGCUGGCUGAAAUCACACAAAUGACAUCAGAGUCAGGGAGUGUGUGUUUUUUGUGCAGCAGUGGAAGGAAGUCAUUUGGGUUCUAGUUCGACUGGUUCGACACUGAGCCAUGCUGUCUUCUGUCAUUUUACUGUUCUUAUUGGGAUGUUUUAUAGUGAGUAGAGUGCUAAAUUUAGGGGAUAAAAGUAAGAUAUAUCUUUGGAAAUACCAUUUACCAUUACACCGACUUGUUUUAGUGGUAAAAACGCAUGAAAUGACCCCCCUGGCACCUCAGAAGUGCUCUUAAAGUAACCCUGCUUAAUAUAUAUUUAAAAAAUCCUCAAAGUGCAGCAAUUUUUCUCAUCUUUAGUUGAAAUAAUCUUAUCAUAUAUCCAGCGUUAACAUGUUUAACAUAAUUAGGAUUUGGGUAAGAAAACCUUGUUUAGGAGAACCAUGUGUUGCAGUACUGCUGUAUGCUGCUGGGUGGCAGCAGAGCACCGCACCAAUGGCAAAGUUGAAAUGAUUCUCUCCCUCUCGGAUCCAUCUUUGCAAAUGAUUAGAGCGCCACUUUGGCUGAUAUCCAUCUGCAGCUUUUGCUUGUUCCAUUUUCAAUCUUCUUUUUUUCUAAAGCUUUAUCUCUUUUGUAUAUGUAAGGUUAUUAAGCUUAACAAUGUGCGGCCAGUAUAGGAAGCACUGAAAGAAAAGCCUAGCAGAGAUUUAGUAAGUCACACUUGGAAAAAAAAGAAAAAAGGAGCUUGUACUUGUGUCCUCAUAGAUUGAAGAUUAUGUAAACUGUGUAUUUUUGUACUGUUGCAAAAGCCUGAAUAAUAUUUUACAGACAUGGUUUGAGUCCAAAUUAGUAAAGUAUUAAAUCAAAUUGCUCCA